UGUAAACGAUGUGAGGAUUCCAGAACAGACAUACAUCACUCUGAAAUUAGAAGAUAAACUGAGAUUUGGAUAUGAUACUAAUCUUUUUACCGUUGUCAGAGGAGAGAUGAGAGUCCCUGAAGAAGCUCUUAAGCAUGAAAAAUUUACAAGCCAACUCCAGUUAUCCCAGAAAUCUUCAGAGGCAGAAGGGUCAAAGCAAACCAGCUCCAAAAGUUCAGAGUCCAAAGAAACAGACUCCACUGCUGAAGUGCACCACAAGACUACUGAAGCGCUGAAAUCUGAAGAGAAAUCCAUAGAUCUUUCUACCAUGCCUCGUGGUACACCCUUGUAUGGACAGCCAGCCUGGUGGGGUGAGGACGAAGCUGAUGAAAAAGGUGGUUGUAAACCAGAUAGCAAAGGUGAAGAAAAAAUGCAUGAGACGGCAGCUUCAGGAUGCAGCACAGAUGCCAAGCAAGCUGAGGAGCAAUCUGCAGCUGCAAGUGAAGAACUUUAUCCUUUCUGUAGGGAGCCAAGUUAUUUUGAAAUUCCAACAAAAGAAUUCCAGCAAACUUCACAGGUAGCAGAGAGCGCUAUUCAUGAAAUUCCGACAAAAGACACCCAAAGUUCCCAUGCAGCAAGCGCAGGACAUGCUUCCUUUACCAUUGAGUUUGAUGACAACACACCAGGGAAAGUAACAAUCAAAGAUCACGUGACAAAAUUCACAUCUGAGCAGCGCCACAAGUCAAAGAAGCCUUCUUCCUCCAGUGGUCAGGACCUGCCUGGGCUUCAGACUGUGAUGAUGGCCGCAGAGAGCAAAGUAGCAGAUUGGCUAGCACAGAACAAUCCUCCUAGAAUGAUCUGGGAGCCAACAGAGGAGGAUUCCAAAAGUAUUAAAAGUGACGUUCCAGUCUACUUGAAGAGACUGAAAGGGAAUAAGCAUGAUGAUGGUACACAGAGUGAUUCAGAAAAUGCUGGUGCCCACCGGCAUUACAGUAAGCGGGCAGCACUUGAAGAGCACUUGAGGCACCACCAUGCAGAGUUGAAAAAGUCACACCAGAAAGUCCAUUCCACAGAAAAGCAGCAAGAGCAAGCUGGUGUGAAUCAGACUGCUUUUAUGAUUGAGUUUUUUGAUGAGGACCAUCCUCGAAAGAGACGUUCUUACUCUUUUUCUCAGAACGUAGGAGCUCUGUGCUCAGAAUCCCCAUCUCCAACACCUCACCUGCGAGCUGAAAGAGCAAAACCUACAUCAGGAGAGAAAGCUGCUCCUUCAUGUGUGCAAGGUAGUUCAUCACAUCAUAGAGCAGCACACGGUAUUCAUGCAAAACUUUUAAAACAAAAAUCGGAAGAUCCCUCUGCUGCUUUACCUGUCUUUCAAGCUGCACUGUUAAGGAGUUCAGGAAGCCUUGGCCAUAGGCCUAGUCAGAACCAGGAGAUGGACAAAAAGUUGAAAAGCCAACAUAUUUCUGCUGCUACAGAGAAGGACAAUGAGGAUGACCAGAGUGACAAAGGUACUUACACUAUUGAGUUGGAAAAUCCCAAUUCUGAAGAAAUGGAAGCCCGUAAAAUGAUUGACAAGGUAUUUGGAGUGGAUGACAGCCAGGAUUAUAAUAGGCCUGUUAUCAACGAGAACCAGAAAGAUUUAGUAAAAGAUUGGGCUAUAAAUUCUACUACAGUAGUGCUGGAAGAAAAAAGACCACUGAGUACAACUGGAUUUCUUGACACAGAGGAAGGUUCUACUGCCCCUGGAAGUAAACGUUGGGUAUCACAGUGGGCUAGUUUGGCUGCCAAUCACACACGUCAUGACCCAGAUGAUAUCAGAUUGGAGUCACCUGUUCCUGCUGCAUUAGAGAACGACACAGAUAUCAGUGAAUCUGGUAUUUCUAUCAGAAGCACUGGUUCAGCUACUUCUGUGACCAGCCAAGGUGAGCGGAAGAGAAGGACGCUUCCACAACUUCCCAAGGAGGAGAAAAUGAGUGAAAGCUCCAGAACAAAAACUGCAUCUCAUCAGAGAUCAGAAAUAGGUGAAAAGCAGGACACUGAACUUCAAGAGAAAGAAACUCCAGCUCGUGCCUCAGAUACUGAGAGCAGAAGUAUAGCUAAGUCAAGCAGAACAGUAAACGGUCUCUCACCCAAAGCAACAGGAGAAAAGGUUUUCUCUUUCCCCAGUUCUUCCAGUAAAGAGAGAGCUGAAACUGGCAGAGAAAAUUCUGUGGUGAAACAAGCUCUAGCGAAAAUUCAACAAGAACGAAAGGAGCAAGGACACUGGACACCCACAAAAUCUGCUACAAACCUAGUUGAGAAAGAUAAGGAGGAGAUUGCUGUGUCACGCAAAACUUUGGAUAAUCAGAACAAAGCUCCUGGACAUGAUAAAGCAGCAAUGAAGUUAGCACAGAGUGAGGGAAAAAGAAGAAGAAAUGAGGAAAGUAUUAAAGGACAAAGUCCUAAAGCAUCAGGAGAAAAAAAGGAAUCUUCAAAACCGUUGGUGAGGCAAGGCAGCUUUACUAUAGAUAAGCCUAGCACAAAUAUACCGAUAGAGCUUAUUCCUCACAUUAAUAAGCAAAGUGGAUCUGCUGCCCCCUUAGCAUCUGCAAACAGAAUACGUGACAGAAGUGAUUCAAUGGACACUGAUUCCAGUCUAGAUACAACACUCAUUUUAAAAGACACUGAAGCUGUAAUGGCUUUCCUUGAAGCUAAACUGCGUGAAGAAAAUAAAACUGAUGAAGGUCCUGAGACUCCAAGCUAUAACAGAGAUAAUUCCAUAUCACCAGAAUCAGAUGUAGAUACAGCCAGCACAAUCAGUCUUGUUACUGGUGACAGUGAAAGGAAAUCCACACAGAAACGAAAGAGCUUUACAACCUUAUAUAAAGAUAGAUGUUCUUCUGGUUCCCCUUCUAAGGAUGUUGUAAAAUCCUCUGCAACAAGUGCCAGAGAAAAGAUGGAAAAGAAAACUAAAAGUCGAUCUUCAGAUGGUGGAUCUAGAGCUGAUGCUCGCAAAUCUGUGCAAUCCAGUGGAAGAAUGAGACAACCAUCAGUAGACUUGACAGAUGAUGACCAAACAUCUAGUGUACCUCAUUCUGCCAUUUCUGAUAUCUUAUCAUCUGACCAGGAAACCUACUCUGGCAAAUCACAUGGAAGAGUUCCAUUCGCCUCAGCAGAUGAACUUUUGCAUUCUAAAAUGGAAGGAAAGUCAGCUAAAUCAAAAAGCUCUCCUGUCGUACUUGGGCAAUCUAGUAAAUCUACCACUCUUCCAAGACCUCGUCCUACAAGGACUUCUCUCCUGCGCAGAGCACGACUUGGUGAAGCCUCAGACAGCGAGCUUGCUGAUGCCGAUAAAGCUUCAGUCGCUUCUGAAGUGUCCACUACAAGUUCUACAUCAAAACCUCCAUCAGGGAGGAGGAGUAUUUCCAGAAUAGACUUACUUGCUCAACCCCGCAGAACUCGACUUGGCUCUUUAUCAGCACGUAGUGAUUCUGAAGCGACAAUAACCAGAAGCACUGCUUCAUCUCGUACUCCAGAAGCUAUUAUCAGAAGUGCAAGGUUGACAUUAGCAGGAGAAAGUAAAGUUUCUGCUAGAACUCGAGCCAAUAGCAUUUCUCGACUUUCAGAUUCAAAAUCCAAAUCUUUGGCUUCAGCUCAUAAUUCUCCCUCAGAGAAACCCAAGCUUCUCCCAGACCCAGAUCCUGAUGUUGAAACUUACAGUGUAAGUGCAAGAUGGAGGCGCUUUCCUACAGAUUAUGCUUCCACCUCAGAAGAUGAAUUUGGAUCAAACCGUAAUUCUCCUAAACAUACCCGUCUACGUACCUCUCCAGCCCUGAAAACUACGCGACUGCAGAGCACGGGGACAGCAACUCAAAGUAGCAAUGCUUUCAAGCACAGAAUAAAAGAACAGGAAGAUUACAUACGUGAUUGGACUGCUCACCGAGAAGAAAUAGCAAGGAUCAGUCAAGAUCUGGCUCUCAUCGCACGGGAGAUCAACGAUGUAGCAGGAGAAAUAGAUUCAGUGACUUCAUCAGGCACUGCCCCCAGUACCACAGUAAGCACUGCUGCCACCACCCCUGGCUCUGCCAUAGACACUAGAGAAGAGGUAGGAGAUCUUCAUGGAGAAAUGCAUAAGUUGGUUGACCGAGUAUUUGAUGAAAGUCUCAAUUUUAGAAAAAUCCCUCCACUAGUGCAUGCCAAACCACCAGAGGGGAAUGGUCAACCUAAUGAUGCUAGACCUCAGCUACCAAAUGCCAUGGAUCCCCCAACAAUUACCCGAAGAAGGACUUGGAGCAGAGAUGAAGUUAUGGGGGAUAGUUUGCUGUUGUCCUCAGUCUUCCAGUUUUCUCGCAAAAUAAGACAAUCCAUAGACAAAACAGCUGGCAAAAUCAGCUGCAUCACCGGAGCAAGAAUCUUACUUGUUGAUUGACUUUUUUUAUGAGUAUUUGACCAUGAAAGGAGAUGAGGAAGUUUUAGAGGUGUGCCUGACUGUGUUGUUGAAGUCCUCCCUCAAGUUUCUUUGUUCACCAAUAUAACCUCAUCUCACAAGAGUGGAGACAGUAUGGGACAGUUACAGCAAUUACAGAUUCCACCAUACGUACUGAAAAAUGACAUCCAUUCUGUCUGAGUCCAAGUGGACAAAUAAAUGUUUUCUGUAAAUGUGAAUGCUUCUUCUUGUAGUAUUUUAGUUGCAGUAGCUAGUUUUACUGAAAAUACCAGUUUCGCUUUGGCUAAAGUAUUAAUAACAUAAAUAUUUUCAAUCAUUCUUGACAAGAAGAUGUGUCAGAAAUUAUAAUGAGCAGAACUCAGUCAUGAAAAGAAAUGUGUGUGAGAAGGGGAAAUACAUGUCUUUUUGCUUGGCUAACUUCUUCUCAUUUCAUUGGAGCUGCCAUUCCUGUUUUCCAAUUUGAACGUAAUGUUCUGACUUGCACGGAGUUCUGUCAGCACAGGGGCACCCAUUGUGCAGCCACAGCUGCAGGCACCAUUGCAGCUGAGGGAAGAGGUGUCGUGCUGCACCAGCCUGUCCAGGCCCAGGAUUUGUGGCAUCUCCUGCUGCCUGGAGCUGGAUGGCAGGUCUGCGAACACUAAGGUACAAGUCUAGGACUCACAUAUGUGAUCUGAGAGCAGAGUGACCUCUCAGAUAGCAACACAUGCCAUCCCAGCUCUAUGUGGGAUGUGCCCUUUGGCUGAUGGAAAAACUCUGACAGAAAAGGAACGCAGCUUGUCAGUGUUCUGGUGGGCUGCCUUGGGCAAAAGGAAGAUGAGAAAAAGGAGUUGGGGGACGAACAGUCUUUCAAAGCUAAUUCUGUGGGACUGUACUCAAUUUCUGUGAGCCUGCCUCUGCAGUCAGGAGAUAAGAUUAGGAGGUGAGUCUUUGGAAGAGGCUUGUUCUUCAUCAGAGGGAGGGAGGGAAAUGUUCUUCAGGUGGUGAAUUUCUGAAGACGUGGCUGGUCCUGUGUGAAGCCAGGAGAGUCCAUGCUCGUAGUCUCUGAUUCUAUGAUCAUUCCUACUUUAUAUUAAGAUAUAGGAUUGAGAGAAGCUUUUGGAGCUUUAUUCUUUGGCUAAAUUCUCUCAAAACUGGUGAAGCUGUUUUUAUUUUUCUCCAGGUCCUAGUAUACUGAGUUCAACUUGAAACAGAUUCAAGUGUCCAAUUCUUUCCUUUCACAAAACCCCUUCUAUAGAUCUGUUUUUCUUCAGGAUAAGGUCAUAGUUUGGCUUGGCUAAGCUCCUUUUUAUAAUUUAUUCAUUGCUGUGUUUAAUCAGUUUUGUUUUUACUCACUAAUAUACACAAAAUGACAUUGUAAUGGAAAAUUGUGUAUCUUGCAUCCAGUUCUUUGCUAAUGAAUUACUCUGGUGUAAUUCUCGGGAAGCACGUAUGCAGGUUUUUUUUUUUGCUUUUCUAUCUUUAUAUAACAUACGAGUUUGCAGGAAUUUUUGGAGAUUAUGAAGAGAUGCAAGUAUGAAUUUCAAUGACAGGACCUUCAGAGUUUUAUCUGUACUGUGUAAUGCAAAUGCUGUAUUAUUGGCUUUCCUUACAGCAAGCAGGUAAGAACCUGUGCAGUCAAGCAAAAUCUAGGCAAGUCAAUCUGCUCAAUACAAGCACCACUCAUCUGUCUCUGCAGUUUUCUGUGCAUCCUGCAGUAUGUAGCAAAAGAGAAACAGGGACAGAGCACAAUCAAAUAUGAAUGGUUAGGCAGAUUUGCCACAGAAAGUAAGACUGGGAAAGGCAGGAGCAGAAGCACGCAGUCAUCUAUAAAAUACGUUCUUUCAGUAUGGUUAAAAGAAGGAGGAGCAAGGGAGACAGUCAUGCUACUCAAAAGAGAUUAACAUGUAUUAAAUGCAGAACUGAAAAAAAAAAUUGAAAAAAUAAAGUAGGCUUCCUAAAAUUAUAGGAAAAACAGAUUGACCAGUCUACUUUAUAGCGGGAAUAAUAACAUUUUAAAUAAAUUUUAAGGAUUUUUGCUAUUUUUUUUAAAUAACUUCUGAAAUGUAAAGUAUUUAGAUUGUUAGAGAACUAAUAUCAUUUCUGAAAGACAGGAAGGUUGAAAGCACCACGUACAUCAAGGCAUAUAAAUGAAUAUAUGGAGGGUUUUAGUCUAAUAUGAACAAGGUAAAUGGAAAAACAAGCAAUGUCACUCUAAUUUCUAUAUUUUUCUAUUAACGAUGUUUACUGCUAAAUGAAGACUCUGAGAUGCAAAGUAUUGUGAAUUUCCCUCUUAAAAAGUUAUUUUCUUAGAGUCCCACCAAUAGCAGUAAUGCCUUUAAAGUGUACUACUGUUAUGUUAUGAUGUUAAAAUGGUUUUCUUGUUUGCUUGGCAGUCUUUGCUUAGCAGUUUUAGUACAGCUGUCCUUAUUCUUAAAGUCUGAAAUACCAUUAAUGUUUGCUAGUCACAUUUCGAACUGGAGUUAAUACCUAAUUAUUGCAAUUAAAGAAGAAAUUGAUUUAUAAUAUAAAGCUCUAAUAUUAUUAUGAUGUUACUUAAAAUAAGGAAAAAAUAAUACCCUUAAAUAUCCACCGAUUCCAUGUUUUCAGUAGUGUAAUUAUACACAAUUUACAUGAUUUUUAUGGUACUGCAAUUUCACAAAAAAUAUUUAUCACAGCAGGGGAGCAAGGCAGAAACAAGCAAGCAAAAAGCUUCCUCAAAUCUUAUAAUAUGCUUUGGAAUUUUACAUAUACUAGAAGUGACUUUUUUAAACAUGUAAUACUCCAUUGCUUGAAAAAAAAUUAUAUCCUGUGGGCUGUAUUUCCAAAAAUGUUUUAUUUGUCACCAAAUUAAUAUAAAAAACAAAUAUAAAAGUUGAAUUUAUCAGUGUUAAAUUCUCGUGUAUUUUGCUGUUAUUGCAAAAUACAACAUUAACAGGGAAUUCUGCUAUUAAAUAGUUGGAUUAUGAAAUAAAUAAAUCUUGUGUUGAAGGAAAGAAUAAACUGUAACUUUUCAACACCAUAAUGUAGUAUGUAGCUACCUAACUGGCAUUUUAUUGUAAAUACGGAUUUUGCUGAACCUUUGUAUGCUACUCAGAAGAUUCAAUCUUGGGUUUCUGCCUGUUUUCACUAUUUUAGAUUUCAGUUUUAUUUAGUGCUCACUACAUUGCUUUCUUGUAUCUGGUAUCUAAUCUUUAUGUUUUAGUUUGUUUACUUCUAAACAUACUAUCCUUGUAUUUCCU